UUAAAUUGAGGUUAUUGAAAGGGUUUUUUAACAUCAACAGUUAUUUGGAUAUUGAGAUCUAAACAUUAAAUAAAAAUAUAGAGUAAAACAAUGUUGCCGACGAAAGGAUAUUUUCAAGACAUCGAGUGCCCUUUUAACGAUACACCCUGCGGUCGGCCUUACUGUCAUUUUCGACAUAGGAAAAGACCUGCUGAAAAUAUAGAUGAACCUGUUGCUGAAACGUCUAAAUCGAAUGUACCUGUUUACAAACCUACACCUAAAAGUGAAUUGGAGAAUAUUCAAAAUAAAACGCACAUACCAAUAAGUUAUGUACCUGACCUGGCCUUUAGGAAUGAUCGACCAUUAAGAACUUUUCCAAAAUUUGAAAAACCAACUUAUAAGCCAACACCUUUAAGUUUACUUUCUUCAGCAAGUAAUAAAAAUGCUUUGUCUGCACACAAUGAAAAGCAACAGGAAACAAUCAAAGAUAUACAACAAAACAUUGCCAAUAAUGAGUAUGAUCCUCAGAAGUCUGAAAUUAACUUUGAAGAUCUGUCUAGUGAAUUUGAUUUAAUAGAUGAGAUUAUUAAUGAAGAUGAGUCUGAUCAUGCAGAGCCUGAGACCUUAAUAUCAGAAAAUUUGACCAAGAUUAAUAGUGAUAUAAAAAAGGAACAGAAUCGCUUAAAUCUGCUGUUAAAAAAUGAUUUAAAUACUGAUUCCAACAUUGAGAAAAUAAUUAAAAAUGAAAAAGUUGCAAUAGAAACCAACGGUGGGGACAAAAAGGUAAAACGUGAAAGUGGUGAACCUGUAAAUGUAAAGAAGGAAAGCAAUGGAAAAGAUGUUAAAAAAUCAGAAGCUGAUGUACUACAUUUGUUUAGUGAAAGCUCUCCCAACAAAACUGAGAAAAGGCCUAAUGAUAAAAGUGAUAAAAAAGCUAGCAAUACUGACAAGAAAGUGGAAAAACUUAAAACUAAAACGAUCUCUCAAGAUCAAAAGAAUAGUUCUGAGAGGUCCCUCUUCAAAGUCAAAGUUAAGGAUGAAAAAAAGCGGGACUCCAAAUCUCACGAACGUGAAAAACAUCGUAAAGAGGAAAAAAGGGAAAGCAAGCCUAAUCAGAAACAUGAGCGUAAAAGUCAAAAUCGGGAUAAAAGUCCAAAGGAGGAUAAAAGCAAUAAUAAAAAUAGUUCUAGUGAUAACAGUGACAGUGAUCAGCCGAAUAGAAGGGAUAGAAGUGGAAGCGGUAGCCAGCAAAAACAUAAAAAGCGUAGUCGUAGCAGGAGGAGAAGCAAAACUAGGGAAAAAGAAAGAGGAAGUCAUAAAAGGAAAAAAGAAAGCGGUGAAAAACCGCGAAAAAAAUCGCGCAGUUCUGGGAGUGAAAGUGAACGAAGCACCGCUAGGCAUAGAAACAGUCAUUCUGAUCGUGAUGGUGAUAAACGUAGUGCUAAGAAAAAGUCUGCUACUAAAGUUAACAGUGAGAGACCACAUAAAUCGACUGGAUGUGAUAGUGAUAAUGACAAUGAACUAAUUUCAAUGGACACUAAUGAACUAGGACUGUCUGAUGUCGACUUAGACUUGGAUGAUGAAGAUGAAACAAUGAGAGAAUGUUUUAGGAUAUUUAACGAAUAUAAGCCUAAACCCUUGAGGCUCUCAUCCCCAAAGACUGAAGAAACAGACAAAAGUCUUUUAAGUGAGGAUGAAUACCAUUCAGCGUCGAUUAGGAAGCGUAUCGCUCAUAGCGGCGCUGAAAAUUCGAAGCUGCUCCCUCUACCGGCCGCUGUCAAAACGAAACCUGUAAUAACGCCCGGUCAAAUUAUGAGCAACCGGUACAAAAUUGCGAAACUGGCACAGGCAAACAACGAACAGGAGAACAUCAUGAACGAAGUGAGACAGAUCACGGCGAUACGUUCGGCCCCGAGUCUGUUAGAAGCGGCUCGGAUGCACAAGCUGCGCAGAUUGGAGCGUCAAAAGCAGGCGGAGAAAGCCGCCGCGCAGAAGCCGUCGACCAACGUCGUGGACGACAUAUUGAAUGGGGCUCAUAAGCCGGGCGUCUCGAAAGUUAAACUGCCGGUAAAGAAGAUCGCUGCCGUACCGAACGUCGCGUUGAUCGAGAAAGCGAAAGAGCGGAUUUCAUUGAUAAAGCAGCGCAGGCUCGAGCCUCCGAGGACCGUGGCUCAAACCCAGAAAAGCGGUCGGGUGGCUCACGUACCGGAAGUUUCUUUGCCAGACAUACCCGACGUUUUGCAGGCGGACAAAUCGAAGCUGCCGGUUAACGUUAGAACCCGAUUUUUGACGAUGAUAGUCGAGGAAUGUUGCAAACUCUACGCGGCCAAACAGGACGCAUACACCAGAGCGUUGAACGAGGAGUUUUCGUGUUACGAAAAAUGCACUGUUCUCACGACCUACAGGAAUUCGGCGAUGCUCGCGGUAAACAGGCUGAGGAAGGAGAUCCAGGAGCGGGAAAAUCGGUUUUUGGGGCCCCUGAUGAGCGGCGAGUCGACGUCCGCGGAUAAAGGUUCGAUUUUCAGGGGGAGAAUGUUUUAUGAUCACGUCAAGAAGUGGGUGUUGACGGAAGAUGAACUGGACUUGCACGGUUAUCCUAGAGAGAGCAGGGAGAAGGGGAAGGCGGUCAUUAAUAAUCAAAAAGACGUGGACUAUUCUAUUGUGGAUGAGAAUUUGAGAAAAUGUAGCAGGUGUUCGAAAAUCUAUCAGGUCGAUGAUGACGGCUGGCCAUUAUUCGAGGAGGAGUGCAUGUAUCAUCCGCUCAAAAAACGGACGAUUAGAGGCGAACAAGUAUUCUUAUGCUGUAAAAGUACCGAUGACACCGGGUGUGUGACGUCCGACACUCACGUUUGUGAGGGAUCGGCGAGCCAUCAGCUCGAAGGCUACCAAACCACUCUACCCCCGGAAAGAGAGAACGACCCCAGGAGUUGCGCGGUCUACGCGCUGGACUGCGAAAUGUGUUACACGACCAAAGGUCUGGAGUUGACCAGAGUGACGAUAGUGGAUGCCGACUGCAAAACCAUCUACGAAAGUUUGGUGAAACCGCUAAAUCCGAUCGUCGAUUACAACACUCGGUUUUCUGGUAUCACAAAGGAACAAAUGGACAGGACCAGUACGAGUAUAUUACAGGUUCAGGCCAAUAUUCUACAUUUGUGCAACUCGGAGACGAUUUUGGCCGGACACAGUUUGGAGUCGGACAUGAAGGCGUUAAAAAUAGUUCACAGUUCUGUCAUCGAUACGUCGAUAUUGUUUCCGCAUAAAAUGGGCCUGCCUCACAAACGCGCGUUGCGCGCGUUAGCCAGUGAAUAUUUGAAAAAAAUUAUUCAAAAUGACGUUAGCGGACACGACAGUGCCGAGGACGCUAUCACUUGCAUGGAGCUGAUUAAGUGGAAGUUGAAGGAGGAGUGCAAAGUGCGAACGAAAUAGCGCAGGUGUCAAGAGUUUUACGUUGACGUUGGUUUUUAUAAGUUAUUUAUUUGCACGCGGUACGAGUGUACCCUACAAUAAUAAGAAAAUGUAAAUAGAUUAGCGUUACCGAUUUGGCGAGUCAAUUAUCCUUUAGCUAUUUGGUUCAGAAUAUAUUGU